UUGGGGUAGGGAUAACCCGACCCGAACCGGCUUUAGUUCAGCAGGGACUCAUUCGGUGGGAGACCUCGUUCGCUGCCGGAGCCAUGCCUUCCGUCACUUUGAAGUCUCCGCGCCUGCGCCGGGUGUUCGUAAUCGGCGUUGGCAUGACCAAGUUCAUGAAGCCUGGAGGUGAAAAUUCAAGAGAUUAUCCUGAGAUGGCAAAGGAAGCAGGCCAGAAGGCAUUGGCAGAUGCGCAGAUCCCCUACUCCGAAGUGGAGCAGGCCUGUGUUGGCUAUGUGUAUGGUGACUCCGCCUGUGGGCAGAGGGCUAUCUAUCACAGUUUGGGACUGACUGGCAUUCCUAUAAUUAAUGUCAACAAUAACUGUUCUACUGGUUCCACUGCUUUGUUUAUGGCCCAGCAACUGAUUCAAGGAGGCUUGGCAAAUUGUGUGUUGGCUCUUGGAUUUGAGAAGAUGGAGAGGGGAUCCCUUGGAAUAAAAUAUUCAGAUCGGUCCAACCCCAGUGACAAACAUCUUGAAGUCUUGAUCAAUAAGUAUGGCUUGUCUGCCCAUCCAAUUGCUCCUCAGAUGUUUGGGUCAGCUGGGAAAGAACAUAUGGAAAAAUAUGGAACAAAAGUUGAACACUUUGCAAAAAUUGGAUGGAAAAACCAUAAACACUCAGUUAAUAACCCGUAUUCCCAGUUCCAAGAUGAAUACACCUUAGAUGAAAUAAUGAAAUCAAAACCGGUUUUCGAUUUUCUGACCAUCUUACAAUGUUGUCCCACAUCAGAUGGUGCUGCAGCAGCGAUUCUGUCCAGUGAGGAGUUUGUGCAGAAGUAUGGCCUGCAGUCCAAAGCUGUGGAAAUUGUGGCACAGGAGAUGAUGACCGACUUGCCUAGUACAUUUGAAGAAAACAGUGUUAUUAAAAUGGUUGGCUACGAUAUGAGUAAAGAAGCUGCCAGGAAGUGCUAUGAGAAGUCCGGCCUGAGGCCCAGCGACGUGGACGUGAUAGAGCUGCACGAUUGCUUCUCUACCAAUGAGCUCCUGACUUACGAAGCCCUGGGGCUCUGUCCAGAAGGACAAGGUGGAGCCCUGGUGGACAGAGGGGACAACACUUAUGGAGGAAAGUGGGUCAUAAACCCUAGUGGAGGCCUCAUCUCGAAGGGACACCCACUGGGUGCAACAGGUCUGGCUCAGUGCGCGGAGCUCUGCUGGCAGCUGAGAGGCGAAGCCGGAAAGAGACAGGUUCCCGGGGCAAAGGUGGCUCUGCAGCACAAUUUAGGCCUUGGAGGAGCUGCGGUUGUCACCCUCUACAGGAUGGGUUUUCCCGAAGCUUCCAGCUCCUUCAGAACGCACCAGAUUUCAGCGGCUCCCACCAGCUCUGCAGGGGAUGGCUUCAAGGCAAAUCUCGUCUUUAAGGAGAUCGAGAAGAAGCUUGAAGAGGAAGGGGAACAGUUCGUGAAGAAAAUCGGUGGCAUUUUUGCCUUCAAAGUGAAAGAUGGCCCCGGGGGCAAAGAAGCUACCUGGGUGGUAGACGUGAAGAACGGCAAAGGAUCUGUGCUUCCCAAUUCAGAUAAGAAGGCUGACUGCACCAUCACCAUGGCCGACUCAGACUUGCUGGCUUUGAUGACUGGAAAAAUGAACCCUCAGUCGGCCUUCUUUCAAGGUAAACUGAAAAUUGCUGGUAACAUGGGCCUGGCCAUGAAACUGCAGAACCUUCAGCUUCAGCCCGGCAAAGCUAAGCUGUGAGGAGUCCCUUUGGCAACCUCGGGACAUCAAGAUGAGAUGUGUAGAUAUGUAGAAAUCCACGUCUCGUCCGUUGUCAGGACUUAGACUGACACUUCCCAAAUAGCAUGAGAUAGAUUUGUUGCUAAGUGGGUGUGGCCAAUUGUAUGUGCCCCACCCCCCCAAGCUGGGGUGCAUCGGGCCUCCCAGCCGACACUGCUGCUUUGAGGACUGGCAUCCUACUGUGCUUGAUGAAGCUACUAUGUCAGUGAUGGAUUGGGGUAAACUUAAGUUUCAGAAUAAAAUUCAGAAUAGUAAAAUCUAAA